AGCAUCAGUGCUCGUAACUGCCGUUCAGGUGAUACAUACUUAGUUGUUCGCUGAAGUACUUCUGGAAAUUACAAGAUGUUGGUACUCCUGUUACUAUCUGUUCUGUCUGUGAUGGCCACAGCCACGCCUUAUGGGGCCCAUUGGAACCAGCCGAGUUAUGGAGGCAAGGGGGGAUGCAAUACCAACGUUCACCAUAUCACCAAGAUUGUAGAAGCUACAACUACAACCACAACUACGGCAACAGUUACUCAGGCUGCUUCUACAACUACUGUGACUCAGCUUUCAGUCUCAACGACAACCGCAACAACAACAACAACGGCUACUGCAGCCACUGCAACUGUUACUAACACAGUUACUUCUGUUUCGACUGCUACAACAACCACGACAGCAACUACUACAACUACCGCUACUCUUGUAUCGGCAACAACGACCACUACCACGGCCACACAGACAACUACUGCUACUGUGACUACUUCAGUGACCACUACGCAAACGAUUACCUCUGUUUCAACCACAACUAAGACAAACACGGUUAUCGAGAAGAGCGGCACCACCACAACGACCGUCACUAAUGUUAAGACUACAACUACAACCACAAGCGUUACGCCUACUCAAACAGUCACCGUUACAGUUUCUACCGUUGAGGGAUAUGAUCCUUGCUACAUAGACCCCCGCCAAGGCUCCAAUUUAAGAAGUGACAGUACGCCUAGUAAAGUGAUAACCUCCAGCGGGACCAAGGGUUGGAAAUGGUCAUCUUAAAGAUGCCAAAGAAAUGGGCAGUAAGUCAGUAAUCACCACUCAGCAGGAUAAACAGGAAGCACUACAAAAAAUGGAAUGAUUUGUCAGCUGCACCAGGACUGGGAGAAUACAUUCCUCGCAUAUCCUAACUUCCACCAGAUGUCGCUCAGAGAACCAAAGUUGAUUUUGCUGGAUAUAUGUAAGACUUAGCACCAUUCUUUAUGGCAAAAGCUAAUUAUUUGCCUAUUUUCAAUUUUCUUUUAUAACUUAAGGGUAGAAAUUAGUCAGUAGUUUUGAUAAUUAACACAAGUUUGCCUUUGAGCAACUGGAAUAUAUACAUAUAAUUACAUGUACUUAGUGGUUUUCCUCUAUAAAUAUAGCUAGCUGAGAUUUGUAACACAACUGUAUCAUCAGAACCUGAAGCAGAGGCAUCAAAUUUAAUCUGAUUCCUCAAAUAUGAAAUAAGGAGAAAGGAAAGAUGGAUAUUGAGAGCUUUCAGUGGAAACCUAAUGUAGAAGAAGUCUAAUUAUUCAUUAUGUUUGAGGCUAGCCUCGUUAAAUACUCUCUUCAUUAUACAAUGUUUUGUUUGUCAAGUAUAAGCCUAUUUAAUGAAUAAAAUUACUUCCAUU